AUGUCAACACACAAAGCCAUAGUCACAACCGCCCCCCGAGCCCCGCUCUCCCUCUUAAACGUGUCCACUCCCUCGCUACAAGGAAAUGAGGUCCUGAUCCGUGUAGAAUGGACAGCGAGUACGCCUCUCGACAUGCAUCAAGCUGAAUCCGGGCUAUUGGUCAACCACCCGCAGGUUCUGGGUGAUAGCGUUGCGGGGACUGUUGUGGGUGUAGGUGAGGCGGUCGAGGGGGUGGGUGUGGGCGAUGGGGUCUUCACCUUCACACUCCACGCACACCAAGAAUACAUCCUCGUCCCCUCCACAUCCGUAGGUCGUAUCCCCCCGAACAUCAGCAUGCAAGAAGCAGCAACCCUGCCUGAUAACUUCGUCACGGUAUUCCACACCCUAACACACGAUCUGCAUUUGUCUCUCCCCUGGCCUAAACCCGCGUCCUACGCCCCAGCUGACAGUCAGACGGGCUUCCUGAUCUGGGGCGGCGCGAGCUCCGUGGGGAUGUACGCGCUUCAGAUCCUAAGGUUCUAUGGGUAUACGAAUGUGAUUGCUGUGGCUUCGCCGGGACAUCAUAAGUUGUUAGGUGGGUAUGGCGCGAGGAAGUGUUUUGAUUACAAUGCGGCUGAUGUUGAGGAUGCGCUGCGUGAGGAGAUAGGGGUGAGGUAUGUUUUUGAUACGAUUGGACAUCUGGAUGGGUCUGUGAGGCCGAUUUCGAGGGUCGUGGGGAUGGGGACGCAGGUUGCUGUGUUGUUGCCUGUUAUUGUUGUUGAUGCGAGGGAGGAGGGGGGGCCGGUUUAUGAGAUGGACGUUGAGGGGUGUUGUGAGUGGGCGGAGGGUGUGGGUGUGAGGGGGGUGAGGACUUAUUUUUGGGCGGAGAACGCUUUCUUCAAGGAGAAGCUGCAAGCUGAAAUCAUGCCGGCGCUGUUGACGAGUGGUGAUGUGAAGCCGAAUCCGUAUCGGGCGAUUGAAGGGGCGACGAUGGUGGAGAGGGCGCAGAAGGCAUUGGAUGUUUUGAAAGGAAAGGGUGCUAGGGGGGAGAGAUUGGUUUGGAAGGUCUGGGAGGGGGAAUAUGACAGUUGA